GACUUUUCAAAAUAUUUGAGUGUAAUAAUGUAUUGGGUCUAUGGUCUUAGUUGCCUUUCUUUGACUUCGAAUGCACUAAACGAUAUAGCUGUAAUAUUAUUAAAAUAAAUGGCUCCCCUGCAAUUUUAAUGUCUAUAUAAUAAUCUCCUGUUUUUCUUCUAUCAAAACAAUUCAGGAAUCCUAACGUCUCUCUAAUAUCAAUGGAAAAAUCCAGAGCCAUGGCUGUAAGACGCUGGCGAGUGGAGAAUACUGUAAGGUUUACUAUUUUAUUUCCCAUAUUAAUAAUAGCCCCCAUUAGAGCAGAUCCAGAGACUAGACUUUUGUCGUACCUAUGCAGUACCAGCCUCCCCAACAACGCAACCCUCUUUCAGAAUAAAUUGAACUCUGCGCUGGCAUCUGUGGUGAAAGAAGUUGUUCCAUCUGGAUUUGCUACAAAAGACGAGGUGGCAUCUACGGAAUCAGUAUACGUUCUGGCGCAGUGCAGAAAGGAUAAGUCCUCUGCCGAUUGCCUUAACUGCAUAAAAGUUGCAGAGAACAAAAUUCACAACUGCUCCGGUGUGUCCGUCACAGCGUACUACGACGGCUGUUAUCUGCGUUAUGAGAAUUUCAAUUUUUAUAAUCUGAGUUACGAUCAGAAUUUCAAUUCUGAUGUCAGACCACAAGCACUUUGCGGCAAUGUCGACGCCACCAAUUCCGAUUUAAUUUCCGCAACUGGUCGAAGUUUGAUAAGUGAUCUUUACACUGAAACUCCUCGACUAAAAGAUUAUUUUGCUGCGGAGACUAGACAAGGGCCCUCUAAUACCACUAUCUAUGGACUUGCCUUCUGUUUACGUUCUAUUCCAGAAGAUUCCUGCAAAAAUUGUCUGAGUAAUGCUCAGACCAACAUAAAUAAGUGUUUUCCUGUCUCCGAGGGACGGGCUAUAGACGUCGCCUGCUACUUGCGAUACAGUUCCGUACCCUUUUUUCCAAGCAAUGCGACUAUCAACUCGGCACGUUUCUUACCCACAGGGAAGAAGGCGACUUCUCCAAAGUCGAUAAUAGUAGGUGUUGUGGGAGGGGUAUUCCUGCUUGGCUUUCUAACUUGUCUCGUUGUCUUCGGGAUGCAGACAAUGCGGCCAGGCCAGAAAAAAGCGGAUAUUGAAGGAGCAACGGAACUCCGUGGGCCAGAAGAUUUUGAGUUCAAGAUACUGAAGAAGGCAACUAACAAUUUUGAUCAGGGAAAUAAGCUUGGAGAAGGAGGGUUUGGUGAAGUAUUUAAGGGUACGUUGAAAAAUGGCAAAGUUGUGGCAGUAAAGAAGCUGACAUUAGGUGACUCUGCACGUGCAAUUUCUGAAUUUGAAAGCGAAGUGAGACUCAUUUCCAAUGUUCAUCACAGAAAUCUUGUGCGUUUACUCGGAUGUUGCAGACAAGGCCAUGAAAGACUCCUGAUUUAUGAGUACAUGCCCAAUAGCAGCCUUGACAGAAUAUUAUUUGGAAAAAAUAAAAGACUUUUGAGCUGGAAGGAAAGGUUCAACAUUAUCCUGGGCACUGCUCGUGGGCUGGCGUAUCUCCAUGAGGAAUUCCAUAUCUGUAUCAUCCAUCGUGAUAUUAAAUCAAGUAAUAUAUUACUUGACAACAGCUUUCAGGCAAAAAUAGCAGAUUUUGGGCUCGCUAGACUUCUUCCUAAUGAUAAAACUCAUGUUAGCACGAGAGUUGCAGGAACAGUAGGAUACACGGCUCCUGAAUAUGCUAGGUAUGGGCAAUUAACAGAGAAAGCUGACACCUAUAGCUUUGGUGUGGUAGUUCUCGAAAUUGUCAGUGGUAGAAAAAGCAUUGACUUGAAGCAACCACCUGAUAUGCAGUAUCUUCUUCAAUGGGUUUGGGGACUACACGAAGAUAGCAAGGUUUUAGAGUUAAUUAGAAGUGAAAAGGAGAUGGAAGGGUAUAAGGAAGAAGAGGUGUUGAGGGUGAUAAACCUUGCACUUCUUUGCAUACAAGAUUCUGCCAAGCAUAGGCCAUCAAUGUCUGAGGUCGUGACAAUACUCUUAAGGAAAGAUGAGUUUGAUUUUCAGAAACAUCUACAUACAUCUUUCGAAGACAUGCCGUCCAUGAAAUUUACAGAAUCAAGUGCAACAAUUACAGAAUCCCUUAUUGCUUGUUAAUAGUGGCUAUUUUUCUUGUUGAAGGGCAAAUGAAGAGUAGCAAGGAACGAUGGAUUGUUAAUAUCUAACCGAUUAUAUAAUCCUUCCUCUUUUCAAAUAGGAUUGAAAAUAUUCCAAUAUAUAUUUUCUCCGUUUA